AGAGCAGCCACAAGUGACAGAGUGCGACUGUGUGCGACUGAGUGCGAUUGCAGCGCUGGGGAGCAGCGGAACAUGUGCAGCCAGAAACCUCCCCGACGCCGGGGGUCCCCCCAAAGCACAAAUGUCGGGGAGCAGAGCGGUUGCUUAGGAUGUGCCCAGUAUUCCUGCUGCUGCUGCUGCUGCUACUGGAUGUAACUAGCGGCCAUUCUCAGUGCGGACUCACCCGUGACAGCCUGGCAUUGCCUUCACUUCUCAUCUCCACACUCGGUGGCACCGAUGGCCCCAGGAUGAUCCGAUUCCUUCUGCUGUUCCUGCUGCUUCCUGGGGUCGAACCUAUAGCCAAUAAAACAGAUGACCUGAAAUCUUCAAAAGAGUCUUCUCCGAUGGCUGCGGACAGAGUCCCUGUGACUACCCAGCCCAAGAUCCAGAGGCCUUCACCAACAUUCCGUCAACAAAAGAGCAAGGAGCCUGUGUCACAGAUCCUGCCUUCCAUGGAUGCCAAACUGUCUCAUCUUCUAGAAAAGUCCCCUUUAACAGCUCCUGCCAAAGUCCAUUCUGUACAUGGAGAAAGGUGGGCUGUCUCCACCGGCAAGCAGAAUGGCAGUUCAUUGCAAACAAGCUCCAUGCCACACACAGGGCAUACACAUUCAUCAAAGAGGCCUGCUGUGUUUAGAAAUGGAAAUGCAGGAGAAUUAGCUCUAAAGAAGCUGAAAAGCAAAAAAGCACCUAUCCCUCAUACUAGGGAUAUAAAGAUGCCUACAGAGAAAGGUCUGACUGGGACAGAGGGUCUUGGUUGGGUAUUGUUGCAUGAAAUUAAUGUGACAAAGCAAGGUGUGGGCAACAUACACUCAACAGUUACCACCAGUUCUCCAGAGCUAUCCACCAGAUACAAGGACCAGCAGGCCACUCCUGGUAGGACAUCUAUGAAGAGAUUAUUAAAACAUGGAUUUAGUGAGUCUCCAACUGAGAACAGAAAGAAUGUAUCUGUGGGUUCUCCAACGAAACCCCAGCACAGUAGGCUACUGAAAAUAAAAUCUAUCAUUGAUCUUCCUUCUGAUUUGUCCCUACGCACUUUAGCAAAUGGGAAUACAAGCUCAUUCCACGGUGCACUCCCUGAUAUCACUUACGUCUCUUCAAAUGUCACCUUUCCAGCUAUAUUACUGGAAAAAGAGACAGGGCCGAAUUCUCAUAUUGCUUUAGAACGUCUUCAAAUUUCUACAACAGACGCUGCAGAGACCACAAAAGCUGUCUUAGGGGACCAGGGGAUUAUAAAUAGCACAGAGAAAAUGACUUUGACUUCUCAAGGGGACAGGAACAAUGAUAUUUCAAGGCCUCUACUUUUCGAAGUGCUAGAUGCCCAUGUGACAGGUGAAACUAGACCAGCGCAUGCAGAUUCCAAAGUGAUUUUAAAGGCACAUGAUAUAGAUUUGUUAAAGAAUCUUCCAAACCAAAGCAGGAGAAGCAAUUUCAGUUCAACAGCAAUACUAAUUCAGCCUGACUCUGCAACACAAAAGCUACCAGUUAAAUUGACUUCAGCCAGACCGGAGGUAGAUAUCGAAACUUUAACACAAGCCCUUCAGCUAGAAAAAGGCUCAAGUCAUCAAGCACUUGAGGAGGUCCAGUCUAAUACUCAACCUGGUCUUGGAUCUACCACUAAGUUGAGGAGACCAGGAAACACUUCAGUCCAAACAGAAAUGCAAACCAAAGCAGGGUCUGAAUUCACAACAGUAAACCCAAGAAAAAUACACACUCACAGCCAAGGUCAUCACUCAGUCACCAACCACGAGAAGAUUUACAAGAUGACACAGCCUAUAUUGACAUCUGUCCAACCAGCAACACAUCAACAUGACGCAAACAAACACUUGCACUUAGGUCAAGGUUCAAAGGCCCAAACAGUCCCUAAUAUCAAGAAAGGCCAAUCAGUCACAUCCAAAGGAGCACACAAGAGAGCACACCAGCAUAGCCCAACCACAAAAACUGAUAUAAUGUUAAGCUCUAUGUUUCCACCAGGGUUGCAUGAGACAACCACACAAACUCCACCUGUGAAAACAUCAGCAGCUUUAUUAGGUACACAUUGGUUUGGCACACCAACCCAAACUGAACCAGGGAAAGUAAAUAUGACACAAUCAGGAAUUGGGCUUAUAGACUCCAAUACAACAGCACAUACACAGGGCACCUCAUCUAUACACGAAGACUUGACAUCUGCUAAAAUCACAGGGAGCCAUCCAAUAGUCACAGAGAGACUUCCACAGUUCUCCACUCAGACCUUAUCUGAGCUGGCCAAUUAUAGCAUAGCAGGUCAAGCAACUGAUAGGAUUCCCAAGCUAGUUUCACACACCAAGCCAGUAGGAUCUGACUGGUUUACACCUACCUUAUCUGCCAAUAGUGAGCUAUCUGCAAAUAGUGAGCCAGAACUAUCCUUAAAUAGGCAACCUGUGCUAACCACAAAGAGUCACCUUGAGCCAUCCUCAAUUAGACAGCCUGAGCUAACCACAAAAAGUCACCUUGAGCUAUCCUCAAAUAGGCAGUCUGAGCUUACCACAAAAAGUCACCUUGAGCCAUCCUCAAAUAGACAGCCUGAGCUAUCCUCAAAAAGGCAGACUGAGCCAUCUACAAAUAGGCAGCAGCCUGAGCUAUCCACAUUUAGCCCACCUGAGCUAUCCAAAUGGAGCCAACAAGAGCUAUCAACCAAGGGACAGCUAGAAUUAACUACAGAGAACCAGACAGCACUAUCGACACACAGCCACAUAGAACAGCCCAAAGAAAGUAAGUCAAGACUACCCAAUAAGAGCAAGUCAGAGUUAUCCACAGAGAGCUGGUUGGUGAUAACCACACACAAUCAGCAAGAACGUUCCACACACAAACACUUUAUGCCAUCCUCAGAGACCCAGUCUGAGUUGUCUACAGUGAGCCAGACAGAGGGGUAUACCAACAACCAAUCAACAUUAUCCACACAAAAAGAGCUUGAAACAUCCACAAAGAGCAAUCCAGAUAUAACUACAAACAGCCAACCAGUGGAAUCUGAAAGCAGCAGCACUGAAUUCUCAACGAACAGUCAAACAACACUUUCCGCUAACAGCCAUCCUUUCGUGUACACUGUAGAGCUAUCUACAAGGAAGCAGCUAGAAGUGACCACAGAGACACAAUCAGAGUUACCCACAAUUAGACAGACAGAGAGAAGUACAAUGAUGCAGCCUGAACAUUCCACAGACAACAUUCCAGAGUUGUUCACCCAAAAACAGCCAGAAUCAUCCUCACCAUGGUAUUGGGAUAAGUCUACAAAGAGUCAGUUAGAGUUAUCCACUCAAGGUCAUCAAGACUUAAUAAGCCCUCAUGAUCAACCUGAGCUCUCAACACAAAGCCUGUCAACACUAUACACAUAUAACCAGACUGAGUCAUCCACAAAGAAUCAUCCAGUAACAACUAUAGCUUUACAAACACCCCUAGAAGCAGAUCUAGCAACAGAAAUUCAACCAAGAUCAGCCACACCAUCACCUGGGAGGACAGAACCAAAUGUAGAGACUGCACCAAGCCGAGGCACAGAACCAUAUACAUUCACACAGAUUUACCCUCAGUUAUCUACACUCAAAAACUCAGGCAGCCAACCAGAAUUAACCACACAAACAACAUCAUUGGGCCAAACCCACACAACAACACAUAGUAAGAUACAGCUAAUUACAGAAACACAACCAGGACUUAUUACCCAAACUCAAGGAGAAUCCUCAGUUUUAGACGAGCAAACAAAUACCAAUGAACUGACAAGCACACCAACUCAUAAAACCCAAGUAACAACAACUCAACGUGGACCAAAAUGGCAGACAGAGCCGACGUUAGAACCAAGAUCUACAAGCUCUAAAGCAAAUGAAACACAAUAUAUGUCACCAGUCACAUCAGUGGCAGAUUCACAUGGAGACAAUGUUUCUGAAACAACCAGGCACACUAGUCACUCACCUGCUUUUACAGAGGACUCUGGAAUAAAUCCAACAUGGACUCAUGAGGACACUUCCAAAUCAACAGCCAACGUGCUUCCUGCCACUGCCAAUGGGUUUAUUGGACUUACUACUACAGAAGAAAACAUAACUAUGGAGGACAAGGACAGAUCUCAGAGGUUUCAGAUGAAGACCACCACGCUAACUCCUCACUCGCUCAGUGAUAAGGGGCCUGUACAGCCUGGAACGGACAGGAUAUUCAUUGUCGAUGAGCAGCUGCCAAUCUUUAAAGUGGAAGCAAUUAAUGUCACCUACAGAAUGCAGCUGAACAUGGCGCUCUCUGCUUUGUGCGAUCAGCCGGACACAUGCCAGGCGCUUCUGCUCCAAGAGAUGGCAUCGGUGUAUAAAGCAGUGCCUGGAUUUGACAGAAUUGAAGUACAAAAUAUCACGCUGGACAAGGUGCUGGACUAUGGAGUGCAGCUGAGAGUGGAAGCCGGCAGUGCAAUGUCAGACACCCUGGAGCUCGCCCUUAGUGACCCUACCUGGCUGUUUCGGGCGUCGCAUCGGUCAGAGGACAGCUUUACCUCCAGAGUCCGUAGUGUCUCCAUGGCAGAAUAUCAUGCAGACCCCUGCACAGACUGGCUCUCCUGCCCGCUGGGCUUCCAGUGCUUGUCUGUCCGCUCCCUCGGUGCUCGCUGCCAUUCUCCCUGCCACAGCGGCUUCUGCCACAACCGAGGCAUCUGCGUCCACCGUAAGGAGCAAGAACCAGAGUGCCAGUGCCCAGUUGGAAGAGACUUCUGGUACAUGGGGCAGACAUGUGAUUACCGGAUGACUCACCAGCGCCUGACGGCCAUUGCUUGCGCCAUUGUGCUCUGCAUCAUCAUUUGCGCCGCAGCUGUUGUUUAUAUUCUUGUCCGGAGAUUCCAGACGCAGAUCCUGCAGCAGAAAUUGGCUCAGACGCAGAGCAGUUACAGGCGCUUCAGCAGGUUUGAUGAUGUCCCCACUCAUUUUUGGUGUCCGUCUCAGACAUGGCUGACGGCCUCAGCCUCCUUGAACUCUCUGGAUAACCCAGCUUUCAGCAGUUCUGAAGAAGUGUUCCCCCUACAGGCGCUGGGCAGCUGUGUGUGCGGGUGCCAGGAGGGGGCACAGAAAUGUGUACAGACCAGCCCAAUGCAGCCGCCAGUGGGUGAUCCUCCCAGGUUGGAGACCAGCGGGAGCAGUAUAAAUGAUCUAAUGAUCGACUCCGGGAAAGCAAGUGAUGUGUCCGUGUCCAGCUGGCCAAUGGAACCCAUUCACUGGACUCCUUUUCCCAUCCUGCACCAGCUCUCACUGCAGUCUCCAUUUCACGCACGCAGACCUCACUCGUACUUUGAAGGAAUGGAACUGGUGAACACGGAGAGAAGCUGGACUGCAUAGGUGCUUUCUACCAUUGGGAGAUGAACUGUGGCCAGCGAGAGGGUGAGGGUACGGGCUACCAAAGCCAAGUUGGGACUAAGACUAUACGACGCCACCCUCUGCCUUUCAUUCUCUAUGGUAGUGAUCCCCAACCAGUAGCUCGUGAGCAACCCUUUGGAUGUUGCUCUCGGUGGCCUCAAAGCAGGUGCUUAUUUUUGAAUUCCAGGCUUGGAGGCAAGUUUUGGUUGUAUAUAUAAAAAACGUGUAUUGCCAAACUGAGUCAUCUGUAGGUUGCCUGUCCAGAUAGGGUCUACCAAAUAGCCAAUCACAGCCAUGUCACAUCAGAGACUUUUUUUGUGCUUGUGUUGCUCCCCAACUCUUUGUACAUCUGAAUGUUGCUCACGGGUAAAAAAAAAAAAAAAAAGGUUGGGGAUUCCCUGCUCUAUGGGAACUCACUGCACCUUUGUUGAAAAGACAAUUGAGUUGGUGAGAGUUGGAGAGGUUUUUUUCUUCCAUAUGUCAUGAAGGGUCUACAAAGUAUGACGAAUAUCUGGACUUUAAGGAGGACAUCAGCUCUCUUCUGAUUGGAUAUGGUUACAUGUUUAGAAAGCAAAGUUAAAGUGAAUAAAAGUGGUACCAGGAAGCAUCCAUGGGGGUCGGCACAGCUCCAUUAUAAAGAAGCAUCAAUUUCACUGCUGGACCAAUAACAGAAGCAGCGGGAAACGGUGUAAGAGCAACCAUACUUUAUUAAUUACAUAAGCUUCAUAAAACAAACAAAAAAAAAAAAAAGAAAGACAGGAAGCAUUCAAGCAUUUGAACAAUACAAUAAAACUGCUGUAAAUAAACACUCCCUAUUUCAAGUGUCUGGAGGGCAGCUAAUCAAUGAGAAAACUAUCUCCUCCGGUGAAGUGUCACGAAGCUAGCUUUGGUUUUUUUUUUUAAUUUUUUUAUUUUAAUUUUCUUUAUUGUUUUUUUAUAUAUUUAAAUCAAGCCCUACAGAAGAGAGACGCGAGUUGCAAUUUAUUGUAAGCCUUUCAGACGCAUUAGUCCUUUUGCUGUCCGAACGCAAGUCUCGCAACACCUUGUCGAGCAAAGGGUGACGGGCCCUCCGUGCCUUCGAGGCUGUUCGAUUACGAAUCCCGCCGGCGUCUGCUGGCUCUCGGAGGACGCCUGGGGUCGUAGUCGAACAGACUUGGCGGUGGAGGGCUUGUACAUCAUAAUACCGCGCAAAAAAAAAAACAAAAAACAUUCCAACAGCAACAGGGCAAUUAUUCACUACAGUACUGUUCGUAAUAAGUUACAGGUAAAAUAAGUUUUACUGAAAUACAGAAGGCUUGUCUUGAAAUGACUAUCGUACGAGGAUCACAGCGCACUUAUUGGUAGGUCAGCUACCCAAUAGGAACACCGGCGGGCCGUUAAGCACCACGCGGAGCAGGACAAAUGUGCUUUUAAAAAAAAAAAGAAAGAAAGUUAUGCUAUUUAGUCACUGCUGGGUUGUUCUCGAACUGAGGUAUAAAGGCGGUACGAAGCAUAUACUCAAGUGUUAAAUAUCAAAAGCAAAAAUUUCCAAGCGGCUGUGUCCUGUAUAAUAUUCAAGUUCUGAGCUUAGUGCAUGAUAGUACAGUUAGAUACAUGUUCUGGCAAAGUCCUCUAAGGUGAUCCCAGAUAAACUAAGGCUAUUUCGUUUCAAGGCGCGCUGGCCUCGUACAUUAUACAAUAUUACACUUCUCCUCUGAUUAUUCAUCACAAGUUACAACACUAAAUACAGUCCGAGCAUAUUCAA